CGCCAUUGUUUGUUUGUAAAUUGUACUUUUGAGCGUCCUAAUUUUUCGUAUAUUUAUCCAUUUUCAUCUUGUAAAAAAAAUAUUUUUACAUUAAUUUCUACGCGAAUACCUUAAACGCAGAGAUCAUUAUGUCUAUCGGUGUGCCUAUUAAAGUACUUCACGAAGCUGAAGGCCAUGUAGUGACCUGUGAAACAAAUACCGGUGAAGUGUACCGCGGAAAGUUAAUAGAAGCUGAAGAUAAUAUGAAUUGCCAAAUGACCAGCGUCACUGUUACUUAUCGGGAUGGACGUGUAGGUCAACUGGAAAAUGUUUACAUUAGAGGCUCAAAAAUUCGUUUUCUAAUUUUACCAGAUAUGUUGAAAAAUGCUCCUAUGUUUAAACGACAAGGGAAUAAACCGACUGCAGGUCGUGGAAAGAGUGCUAUAUUACGAGCACAAGCUGCUGGUCGAGGUCGAGGGGGGGGAAGAGGGGCAGCAGGCCAUCGCGGUGGGUGGCAGGGUGGUUCAGGACCUUCUCGACGUUAGUGUGUACUUGAAAAAUGUGAUCUAGCCACUAAGUAACUAGUGUAAGAUUUACAUUCAUUUGCUGAGUUUUGUAUAUUUAAUGUAAUACAAAAUUCUGGUGUUUUACUAAAUUUAGUUUAAAUAUAAAAUAUCAUUCAAGUUA